AUGGAGCGUCCUUUGGAGAUGCACGAUGGCAGGGAACUCAGCGAGGAGCGUCAUUUUUGCCUCCAGAGGGUCCGCUGCUGUUGCUGCACUCCUCCCCGAUGGGCACGCGUCCCCAUUUGCUUGGUGAUCUUCUAUGUAGUUUUGAUGCCUUUCAUUUAUCUCUUGGGUCACUUCCUUGUAUAUCCGGGAGAUGACUAUGCUCCCGAAAAGCUAGACUUCUUAGGCUAUUCCUGUCGAUUGUUCAACUUCACUGGUCGCUACGGAGACGUCGUGGCCGAAAAGUGUUCAAUGGAUUCAGCACUGGGAUCUCCAGUGCCGGUCUUGGCCUUCGGCGGCAAUGGCAUGAACAUGUUCGACACUGCUGAAUCUGUGAUAGACUUCUUCCCGAAGAAUCCGCAAGCGGACGUGGCUUGGGAGGUGUAUUCUUUGUCCUUCCCUGGGUUUCAGUAUGCACCGCGCAGUGGCUGGACCACUGAAGGUAGAACUGAAGCUGAUGCGAUGGAUUUGUUGCACCACCUCAGUUCGGUCAAAGACCAGAAGGUGGUGGUUUUUGGCUGGUCCUUGGGCACCUCUGUCGCUGCUGCUUUGGCCAGCCGGCAAGCGGACCAAGUGCAGUGUGUGCUUCUGGGCAAUCCAUUCACCAGCAUACGGGAUGUAGCACUCGCCUGGACCUAUGGCAUUGCAGGCCUUUAUUUGUAUUUGCUGGACGAGUGGCCUACCAAACGUUUCGCACAGAACUUCAAGUCGCCCACGAUUGUGAUGUCGUCAAUGGAGGACGAAGUCGUCCCUUUGUGGAUGCACCGUGAAGUCUUCCAACAAGUUCCUGUUCAGAAGAAGAAGCUGGCCGAGCUUCACGCAGGACACAUGGACAUUGGAUUUUUCCGGGCCGACACAGAAGAGGCCAUCCACCAAUGGUGUGUGCCAAGUGCCGGGCUCAAGAGGUGCCGCGCCCAGCUCAUCGCAUUGAUUCAGCGAAGCCACCCGAUGUUGCACCAUUGCUGUGAGACUCGAGAGCGGAUCAACGAGCGCCCAGCUGUCGAUUCUGACAAUCUCAAAGCUCAAUUUGCUGAAGAGUGGCACCGGAUCCAAGCGGGCUUCACAGCAGCGCAUCGAGAGCACCUGCUGGCAACAAAUGAGUUGAUCAACAAGAUGCUCCGGCAGGGCGCGGGUGCUUCGCUUGUAAAGGAGACAUCUGAUUCGCCAUCACCAGGGUACAGCCAGGGCGAUCAGAGUACAAUGAACGACUCUAAUCAGAAUGACGACAAUUCAAAACAGGACGGCUUGGUGCCAGAAGGCGUUUCCUUGCAAGUCCCAUCACGUGUUUUCAAUGAUGAUGAGUUGAACUCACAAGCUCUGAGACGCGGAAUGGAAAGCUUUAUUGAGAGAGGCCCCUUGUUUGAAGGCUUAGAGCCACGCCGGGGCAUGUCCAAAAAGCGGCGGCGCUUGUCUGCCAGGGAGAAGUUAAUCUCAGGAGCGAGUACCAUGAUGCAUGUGGCUAAAGAGAUGACGGAUCCACAUGGCCUUGGAUCAUUGAUCAACCAGUUGCCGUGUGGAAAGCGGUGUGCUCGGAAGUUCUUGGGUUGUGUGGAACACCUGGAGUCAUUGCAUGAGCCACCACGCACUGGCUGCCUAGCACGGAUCAUCAGCUCUACCUUUUUCAAUAUCUUGGUGGUUUGUGUCAUUCUGGCCAACACUGCUGUAACCAUCUAUGAGGCGGACACCUCCAUCCGAGCGCAUAGUAUAGACACAGGAAUCAGAUGGCUUAGCUAUGCCGAGCUGGUCUUCAGUGGCUUCUAUGUGGUCGAAUUCUUGCUGAAGCUCUUAGUUCACCGGUUGUUCUACUUCUGGUGUCCUGAAUGGAGAUGGAAUGUCUUUGAUGCCUUGCUCGCGACCUUGUCAGCUGUCAGUGCAGUGACCUACCUCAUAGAAGCCGCCAAUGGCGCCAAUAUGGGCUUCCUGCGCUCGUUCCGGUUCAUCAAGGUGUCUCGAAUCCUUCGUGGACUUCGAGUGAUUUCCUUUGUCCGGCAGCUUCGUAUCAUGGUCUCCUCAAUCGUUGGAUCGGCGAUGGCCUUGUUCUGGAGCCUGUUGGUUCUUUUGAUCGUUGAAGUGGUGUUCUCAAUCCUGUUCGUGCAGCUGGUGACCAACUUCCUGGCAGACGUAGAGACUGGAAGUACACCUGCAGCCGAACGAUUGGAAGCGUGGUUCCCUUCGGUGGCCGGAACCAUGAUUUCCUUAUUCGGUUCAACGACGGGUGGGAUCGAUUGGAUGGGCAUCUACCAUGAUUUGGAGCCCCUGGGGAGGUUUGCACAAUCGGCUUUCCUCUUUUACAUCGCAUUUUUCACCAUCGCAGUCUUCAACAUCUUGACUGGCAUCUUCGUCGAGAAGGCGCUUCACAUGUCCGACCAAGCAGACCGGGCGGUGGAGUAUAUGAAACAGGAGCGCGAAGAUGCACAGGACCUCCGGCAAAUUUGUAAUCGAAUUGACUGCGAUGGAAAUGGGCGGAUUGCGUGGCCAGAGUUUGAAGCGUACAUGCAACACAACAACGAUGGUUUCGCGCGCCUCAAGGCCUGCGGCUUGGACGUUCACGAUGUUCACGAGUUCUUUGUGAGCCUGACCAGCGGGCAGCCGGCCGAGACCGUAGAGAUUGAAGACUUUAUCCACCAUGCCAUGAGGCUGCGGGGGACCGCGACCAGUAUACAAGUGAAAUCCAUCGCAUCUCAGAUGAUGCGUGUGCAGUCCGAGGCACAGGAAGCAAUGAUGUGGAAAGUUGACAUGAUGACACAUCAGCUCUACAAGGCUUUAGCAUCCAUCAAGGACUUUCCAGCUCUUGAUCCUUGGCGUGCCAUCAAGGCAGAUGGGAGCCCAGCAGUGUCCAAGGCGGGGCGACGACGUCCCCCGAGAGAACGAGAGAAUGCAGCGGUGUCCAAGGCCGACGAUGGUUUCGCAAGCGGAGUCGGAUCCAGCAAGCUGUGGUUUGGCAGGUGGAAGCAGCUGAGCUACUGCACAGAGAUGCUAGUGUCUCCAGAGGUGCUGUGCAAAAAGCCGUGUGCGUCCUACUUCGUGGUCCUUUUUUCGGGCUCGUCCAGCAGCGGCUCAGCCCUGUCACACAGGUUAGACUCCGUGCCGUUUGAAAAGCUUCCGGAGACUGACCUCUUCUUUGGGAUUGAUCACUCGCGGCUCUUCCUUGCUUUGCAGCACAAGCUCUUGAGCGUUUUAAAAGCGAUCAUGCUGGAGGCAAAGGUCCUCGCACAGCCCUCAGUCGUGGAGGUGAUUUCCGACAGUCCAGAGCAGUGCAGUCGCGCCGUUUUGGCCAUCCUCUCACUACUUCCGGGUGGGCUUUGGUUGGGCUUCAACUCGGAUGGCUUCGGCGAACGACAUUUCCAGUAUCAGAAGCAUGGUUUUCCCAUCCAGUGCUUUGGACCCCGUUGCUGCGUGUAUCCUUAUCUGGGCUUGCAGAUGCUAGACAGCUUGCUGCAAAUGCGCGGCUUCUUGAUUGGAACGACCAAUCGGAUUUUCCUGGAGCGCACCAGCCCACACGUCGUCCUGGAGGUGCCAGGGGUAGAAGACAGCAGCUUCUCGGUGGAUUUUCUGUGCAAAGAGAUCAAGGAGCUCACAAGGUGCACCAGUGCGGAAAAAGCAUGGCUGCUGGAGGCGUCUCAGCGUUUGGAGAAGGCCAUGCCAAAGGAGCACGCCCAGGACCAGGACAAUGAUGAUGAUGAUGAACUGGAGCUUGUAGCUGAUGCUCCUCACUUGUCAGAUGAUGCAGUGAAGAGAUUUGACUCUGAGGAGCUGGUCAGAGAUGCGCAGGCUCACCUGGCUUCCCCGUGUGGAGUCAAUACGGCUGCUCUUCGGCAGGAGCACUUGCUGCAAGAGACCACCUGGGCUGCUACUGUGGAUGCUGAUCGCAACGCCUUUGCUGGAUAUUGGAUUCGACUUGUUGUGGCACUGGCCAAGACAUCUGGACCAGAGCGUGAUUUCGCGGCAGGUUUGGAGGUGGCAUCUCGGCAAGAAAAGUCUGAUUUAGCUCGCUUCGGACUACCUUUCCUGCAAAGAUGGGUCAUGCGUACCCAUGGUGGACAGCUUUGGUUGCAGGUGCACAAGUUACCAGUCAAAGAAAGACGGCCAAAGCCACCACGGGAAGGACAGGGCACGUAUCGAUUCUCCAACGGUGACGAGUACCGCGGAGAAUUCCGCCGUGGUAUGCGCCACGGCUCCGGCGUGUACAUCAGCCAGAGGAAUCGGAUGCAAUACGAUGGCCAAUGGUUCCGUGAUCGCCGCCAUGGCAACGGCACCCUGACGAUCGAGGCUGCUGGCAAGGUGCUCUACACCUACGAUGGGCAAUGGCAAGCGGACAAGCGGCAUGGGUCUGGAAGCUGCGUCAGGUGUCACAAGGAGAAGUACUCUGGACAAUGGGUGCAGAAUCUAUACCAUGGAGCCGGGACCUUUGUGGACGAGAAAGGCGCCCUGUAUGAAGGUGAAUGGCGCUAUGGCAAAUUCCACGGCGUCGGCAAGCAUGUGUGCCAGGGUGAAACCUACACUGGGAACUUUGUAGAUGGGGAGCGAGAUGGUAUGGGCCAGCUGGCUCGGGCGGCUGCACCCAAACCCACAGUACAGGACUUCCUUGGAUCGGAGAGUCUUUUUGCAGGCCAAUGGCGCGUUGGACAGAAACAUGGCCAUGGAACUGCGAUCUACGCUCUGGGAGAGUUCGAGGGCCAGUGGGUGAACGGCAAACGCCAUGGGCAAGCUGUUUUGUCCUAUCAGGGUUACCAGCUCGAGGGGCCCUGGGUGGACGACUUGCCUGAUGAGCAAGCGAGUCACAUGAUUUUCUACCCGGAGGGCACUAAGUACACCGGCCGAGUGCGCGUGUAUGCCAAUGGCGAGGAUGCUGCAGGCGAGGGCAGACUGUGGACGCCUUGGAAUAUUGUGCCGGAAGGUGAGGGCAUGAUGAAAGAUCCAGAUGGUCGCCUCUACGAAGGGCAGUACCAGUCCGGAGACAAGCAUGGGCGUGGUUUUGCCUUCAGCUUGGAUCAAUCGAAGUAUGAAGGUGAGUUUCUCCAUGGAGAGCGUCAUGGUUCCGGGUGGUUGCAGACUGCACCUGACCAGAAAGAACCGACGUUGGAAGCCAAGUUCAACCUCCGUAAAGCCGAGACGUUGUUUGAGACCGUAAAGUUCGUUUCAGCAGUGGCUGAUGGCUGA